UUAAAAUUAAUGCAAAAACCUACACAUUAUUCAUAUUCUUAAUCAUGUUGGAUUGUAUUUUAUCCGUAUGCCAUCAUUACAGCAAUUUGGUAUAUCAAAUAAUAAAAUUAGGAUACCAUUGACACUUCUUAUAGAGUAAUAUAUUAAGGAUGUAUUGAUGGUAACACUUGUUGUUGAUUUGAUUGCAACUUCAAUUGUUUUCAUUCAAUCUUAUAGAUAUAAGUAUAUAUAAUCUCAUUAUUAGUAAUACAUCAAUUUAUGAUUUCUAUUGGUAAAUCCCAGGAUUUUACUUAAUUAUUUAUUGGGUUUUUAGAACUCCAUAUCAACCAAAUAUUUGGCUUAUUAUUGUUCCAUUUGCUUACUUUAUCAGACAUAAUUAUAACUUUUUAUCUUUUUGGCCAGGAUUAACUUACGAAGAUUUUAGGUAUCCAGUGUUUAGAAAAAAAUUAAACAAUGAAUUUAUAUAUUGGGUUUUCAGUUAUUUUGGUUUACAUGUAGGACCUACUUUAAUGAUCUAUUUUGGUCUAUAUCCUACUUACUAUGCCUUAUUUGAUAGUGAUCAAGAUUAUAAUAAAUGUGUCUUUUAUUUUGGAGUCAUUUUUGCAUUUUCAGCUUUAACAAUAGAAACCAUAGCAGAUUUAUAAUUAUUUCCUUGGAGAUCUAGAAAAACAGAAGAAUUUAUUGAUGAAGGUUUAUGGAAAUAUUCAAGACAUCCUAAUUAUUUUGGUGAAUGUAUGUUUUGGUGGGGAUUAUUUAUUAUGACUUUAUCAUUUGGAUAUUAAUAUUGGUUCACUAUUAUAGGAGCAGUCAUUAUGCAAUCAUUGUUUCUAUUUUAUUCUAUUCCAGAAAUGGAAAAACACAUUCUAAGAAAGAGACCCAAAUAUUAUAUCUAAUAAAAAAGAGUAAGUGCUUUCUUUCCUUGGUUUAGAAAUGAAAAUGUGAAAUGAAAUAAAUUAAUUGAAAAAAUUAAUAUACAUUAUCAACGAG